AUGGCUGGAAUUGGGCAUAAUGUUCAAGAUGAGUUAGUAGAUUACGAAGAUGAUGAUAACAUGUUAGAUAAUAAGGAUGUCAAAGGUGGCAUCGGACGUAACCUUUUGAAUAACAAUAAUAAAGGAGUUAAUGAUGGUGGUGCUAUGAGGGGUAGUUAUGCUACUGUUCAUACUGGAGGGUUUAAAGAUUUUUUUUUAAAACCAGAAUUAUUAAGAGCAAUUAGCGAAAGUGGAUUUGAACAUCCAUCUGAGGUACAGCAAGAAACUAUACCAGCAGCAAUAACAGGUACUGAUAUUUUAUGUCAAGCAAAGAGUGGUAUGGGAAAAACUGCGGUUUUUGUUUUAUCAAUUUUACAACAACUUGAAACUGAUAGCAAAGAUAUAAAAGAAGAAAAGGAUAUUAACAAUGCUGGUGGAGAUGUAAAUCAAAAUAAAUAUGUUAGAUGUUUAGGUAUAGCACAUACUCGUGAAUUAGCCUAUCAAAUAAAAAAUGAAUUUGAUAGAUUUAGCAAAUAUUUAAAAAAUGUUAGGUGUGAAGUUGUUUAUGGUGGUAUAUCUAUGAAUAAACAUGUAGCCUUAUUCAAAGGAAAUAAUGUACCCCAUAUAAUUAUUGGUACACCUGGUCGUAUAUUAGCAUUAAUUAGAGAAAAAUAUUUAUUAACAGACAAGAUUCAACAUUUUGUUUUAGAUGAAUGUGAUAAAUGUUUAGAAAAAUUAGAUAUGAGAGGGGAUGUACAGAAAAUUUUUAUUUCUACUCCUUUAAAAAAACAAGUUAUGUUUUUUUCAGCAACUAUGGCAAAAGAAAUGAGAGAUGUAUGCAAAAAAUUUUUACAAAACCCUGUAGAAAUAUUUAUUGAUGAUGAAGCUAAAUUAAAAUUACAUGGACUAUUACAACAUUAUGUUAAAUUACAAGAAAAAGAUAAAACAAGAAAAUUAAUAGAAAUAUUAGAUGCCUUAGAAUUCAACCAAGUUAUAAUUUUUGUUAAAUCUGUUACAAGAGCUAUCACAUUAGAUAAAUUAUUAACUGAAUGCAAUUUCCCAUCCAUAUCUAUACAUGGUGGUUUAAAUCAACAAGAAAGAAUUGAAAGAUAUGAUAAAUUUAAAAAGUUUGAAAACAGAAUAUUAGUAUCCACUGAUUUAUUUGGAAGAGGUAUUGAUAUUGAAAGAAUAAAUAUCGUUAUUAAUUAUGAUAUGCCAGAAAAUUCAGAUUCUUAUUUACACAGAGUCGGAAGAGCUGGAAGAUUUGGUACAAAAGGUUUAGCUGUUACUUUUGUAUCUUCUCAAGAAGAUACAUUAGCUUUAAAUGAAGUCCAAACCAGAUUUGAGGUAGCUAUUUCUGAGAUGCCAAAUAAAAUCGAUUGUAACGAAUAUAUUAACCAAUAA